AUGGGUAAACCAAUUGUGCUGCACUUGGGGGACGACAUCCGCUGGAACCAUGAACUUUACGCCAAAUUCAGCGAGCAAUUCGAGGUGCGCCGGUCGUACAGCUUGCCGCGCCCGGACUUCAUCCGCGCCCUGCAGGACCGCAAAUUUGGAGACUUUGUGGCCAUGUACCGACCUUUCUGGAAUACCGGGGGAGAGAUGGGCAACUGGGAUGAGGAACUGAUCUCGCUACUGCCGUCUUCGUGUAAGAUCUACGCCAGCGCGGGCGCUGGGUUUGAUUGGGUGGACACUGCUAGCCUGGCCAAGAGAGGUAUCAUCUACUGCAAUGCUGCGGCCGCGUGCACCGAGUCAGUUGCCGACGCGGCCCUUUGGCUGGUAAUCUCCACCUUUCGUCUCUUCUCAUGGUCCGCCAUGGCUGCCCGCACAGCUGAUGUCGACAAGUUUGUCGCCGCGAACCGGAACCUGGCCAUGGUGUCCCAAAACCCGAAGGGCCACACCCUGGGGAUCAUUGGCUUUGGCCAGAUCGGUCGCCGGGCGGCUGAAAAGGCAUACAAGGCCCUAGACAUGAACAUCCUCUAUCACGAUCUCGUCAAGAUGCCGCAACAGCUGGAAGAUGUAUCUAAGGCCACUUUUCACAAGUCCAUGGAGACGCUCCUCGCGGAGUCCGACUGCGUGGUGGUGGCGACUCCGUUCAGCGGCGAGACUCUGUUGGACGCCUCACUUCUAUCGAAGCUGAAGCGCGGAGCUCGGAUCGUGAAUAUUGCCCGGGGGAAACUCCUGGACGAGACGGCCUUGAUCGACGCGUUGAAGAGCGGGCAGCUUUCUGCAGCGGGUCUGGACGUGCACUUCAACGAACCUCAGGUGAACCGUGAACUGGCCGCGAUGAAAAAUGUGGAAGUCAUGUCUCAUAACGCAGGGGCUUCUCUGGACUCGCAUAUCGGGUUUGAGCGCUUGGGUAUGGAAAACAUCCUAUCAUUCCAACAGACCGGUAAGGCGCUCACCCCAGUGAAUGCGCAGCUCGUAGCCAAGGCCUAUAAGCUUUGA